CCUAAAGUUGUAUGCGCGCGCGUGGGAUCACACCUAGAUAUCUACCCAUUUUCAACGCCCUCUUAAACGUGCCUAACUCAAUAAUUAUGCCACCACGCAGAAGCAAUCGCGUAGCCUUCGCUGACGAUACCGACACUCCCGCGGACCCACCACCGCCGGCCAGAGGAGGAAGAGGAGGACGAGGAGGACGAGGAGGACGAGGAGGAAGAAGACGAGGCGGUACUCUUGCAGAUCUACUCCCUGAUAACCCUUACUCGCCUUCUAUAGCCGGCAGAAGAGUAUUAAUAAUCUAGCUAUAGAACUGCUCUGUAUUAAAGUAGCCCUCUUACACAGCCGUAUAUAGCAGCUAGCCUGCUAUACUUAUUACCGCGCAUAUACUCUAUAUAUAUCCU